UCUCUCUCGCGUUUAAGCACCAUCCAGCUUCAAAGACGAAUAGUAGAUCGAGAGUCGAGGCUGGAGAGAGAAUUAGGGUGUUGAACCAGUGAGACAUGUCUCUGGUUCUAGGGUUUGUGGAGGUUCAAACUCUGUGGAAAUCGAGCUGCAUCUGAAGGGUGAGGUUUGAAAGGCUUUAAAUACACAUUUAGAUUGAGAAACUCAGGCAAUGUACAGUGGCUCAAGUGAUGGCGAAGGCCACGAAACAUCGGCGCCCAGGAAGAUCCCGCCGGCGUCUUCCAUGUUGUGGGUCCGAAACCUUCGUAGAUUCAUCGGAUCCGGUGCCGGUCUCGGAUCCGAAGCCUUGAUGGAGCUUGAAACAAAGAGAAUCUUGCUUGAUAUUUUUAAAGAGAAGCAACAAAAGAAUGCUGAAACUGGCACAAUUCCAAGCUUCUAUAAGAAGAAGCCCGAAGAAGGAUCUAUCAGUCACAGAGUCCAGAGGCUGGCAAAAUAUCGUUUUCUAAGGAAGCAAUCUGAUCUUUUGCUAAAUGCUGAUGAUCUCGAUGCUAUGUGGGUUUGCUUAAGAGAAAAUUGUGUGAUUGACGAUGCAACUGGUGCUGAAAAGAUGAAUUAUGAAGACUUUUGCCACAUUGCCUCCGUUUGCACAGAGCAAAUAGGCCCUAAAUGUCGACGGUUUUUCAGUCCUUCAAAUUUUAUGAAGUUCGAAAAAGAUGAAUCAGGAAGAAUUGCCAUACUGCCGUUUUACCUUUAUGUGAUGCGUACGGUUUCACUUACUCAGGCCAGAAUUGAUAUGAGUGAGCUUGAUGAGGAUUCUGAUGGUUUCCUUCAACCUCAUGAAAUGGAGGCCUAUAUACGAGGUCUUAUUCCUAAUUUGGCACAACUCCGUGACAUGCCUGCGGCUUUUGUUCAAAUGUACUGCCGCAUUGCUGCACACAAAUUUUUCUUCUUUUGCGACCCUCAUAGACGAGGAAAGGCAUGCAUAAAGAAGGUGCUGCUCAGUAAUUGUCUCCAGGAGCUAAUGGAACUGCACCAGGAAAGUGAGGAAGAAGUCACUGAUACAGAACAAGCGGAAAACUGGUUUUCGUUGACAUCUGCACAACGCAUAUGUGAUAUGUUUCUUGCCCUUGAUAAAGAUAUGAAUGGGACGUUGAGUAAGCAGGAACUACGAGAAUAUGCAGAUGGGACUCUGACAGAUAUUUUCAUUGAGAGGGCUUUUGAUGAGCAUGUCCGCCGUGGCAAAAGUGGAGGAGGUAAUGCUAGAGAGAUGGAUUUUGAAAGUUUUCUUGACUUUGUUCUGGCCUUAGAAAACAAAGACACUCCAGAGGGGUUAACAUAUUUGUUUCGGUGUCUCGAUCUUCAUGGAAGGGGAUACCUCACAACAGCUGAUAUUCACACUCUUUUCAGAGAUGUACACCAGAAGUGGAUAGAGGGAGGGAAUUAUGAACUAUGUAUUGAGGAUGUAAGGGAUGAAAUUUGGGAUAUGGUGAAGCCAGCUGACCCUCUAAGGAUCACACUGGCUGAUCUGCUAUCUUGCAAACAGGGUGGGACCGUUGCGAGCAUGCUUAUGGAUGUGCGUGGUUUCUGGGCCCAUGACAAUAGAGAAAAUCUUCUCCAAGAAGAGGAAGAGCCAGAAGAAGAAUGAAAGAUGUGCAUGCAUGCAUGGAGUAGAUAUAUAGGAACUGUAUCUGUACUACUAACACAAAAACUGGAGUUCGAAACUUGUAUCUGUACUGUACUACUAACUUGUAUUUUUAUUGAAAGGGAGCACACUUCGAUGGUGUAUUUUUAUUGUGUGUUAUUUUUACGUGUAAAAGAAUGAUAUUGAUAGCCUUGCUGGAAGAUUGUUAAUGUAAUUCUGUUGUACUUCAAUAUAGAAUUUCGUUCCAAUUCCCUAAA